UGUUCAUCAAUUGAGUAUAUAAACUUCGGAGCCCUGAAGAAUGGUAUCAGUUACGUAGCUUCGACUUAUAAUUCAACAUGCAGCUCAGGUUUGUCGUCUUGUGUCUAGCCUUUGCCGCGGUCAAAGCGGGUUAUCUUCAACCAGCGCUAAGAUAUGGCGGCGCCAUAGGCUUUGCGGCUCCUUCAGUUGCCCGUGUUGAACACCUGGCACCUGCCGUUGCCUCCGUUCAUAGGACCGAAACCUACACCGCUCCCAUAGCAAGAACUUCGCUGAUCGCACCAGCUGUGCACUCGAUCGCCGCAACGCCCCUCAUUCACCACGCUCCAAUUCUUCGAACGGGAUACCUUGGGCAUAAUUUUGGGUACGGUGUUACACCCCUAGGGGCGAAUCGCGCUGGCUGGUGA